AUCAACCAGUGGCCGUAGCGUUUGUUCUGUCAAGGGUGGGUGUCCAAGACUUCUCUGAAGUCAAGAUCACCUGCUGUCCUACCCACACUCCUACUUGCUGUCCCUGGCCACACUCAUCAUGCCUCGGGGACAGAAGAGUAAACUUCACACCCAUGAGAAACACCACCAAGCCCAAGGUGGGAUCCAGCAUCGGAGGACUGCUCAGGCCACUGCAGCCAAGGAGAAAGAAUUCCCCUCCUUGGUCCCUCCUCCCUUGAGUGUUCUUCCUCACAGAGAGCCUGCAGCUAGGUCACGUAACACUCUCAAGACGUCUCAGAGAGCCCUAUCCACCAAGUCUGCAGGUGUUUCUCCCACAAGAUCAUACAAAGGAGCCAACUGUAAAAUUGAGAAAAAGCAAAGUUCCUCCCAGGCCCCACUCACCACUGUGCAGUCUCAAGGAGACCCUCUAACCGAAACAACGGGUGUUUUGGUGCAGUUCCUGAUGUACAUGUACAAAAGGAAAAAGCUCAUCACAAAAGCCAAUAUGCUGAAGAUUGUCAAUAAAAAGUACAAAAAUUGCUUCCCUGAGAUCCUCAGAAGAGCCUCUUUCAGCUUGGAAGUGGUUUUUGGUGUUGACUUAAAGGAAGUCGAUUCUACCAAGCAUUCCUAUACCCUGGUCAGCAAGAUGGACCUCCCCAACAAUGGGACUGUAAGCCGUGGCAGAGGAUUCCCCAAGACCGGUCUCCUGAUGAAUAUCCUGGGUGUGAUCUUCAUGAAGGGCAACUGUGCCACUGAAGAGAACAUCUGGGAGUUCCUGAAUAAGAUGAGAGUCUAUGCGGGGAAGAGGCACUUCAUAUUUGGGGAGCCCAGGAAGCUCAUCACCCAAGAUUUGGUGAAGCUUAAGUACCUGGAGUACCGCCAGGUGGCCAACAGUGAUCCCGCACGCUAUGAGUUCCUGUGGGGCCCUCGAGCCCACGCCGAGACCAGCAAGAUGAAAGUGCUAGAGUUUUGGGCCAAGAUUAAUCAUACCGUCCCCAGUGCCUUCCACUCUUGGUAUGAAGAGGCUUUGCAAGAUGAGGAAGAGCAAGUCAAAGCCACGGUUGCACUGCAAGCUGAGGCGGAUGCCACGGCCAGUGAAUAUCCCAGGGAAUGUCCAACAGUGCCUCCUACACCUAAUGAAGUUGAGGUGGAUUCUUCACAUUGUGGCUGAAGAGAGCAGUCAGUGUUCUAAGGAGCGGAGGGCAGGGUGUGACUGAGAGAACACAACGUAUAAUAUACCUCUGUGCUCCUGUUGUG